GUCGGAGCGAGAAAUACGCGAGCAGACACGGGCAAUAUUUAUCUCAGUAUUAUCUCAAACGUUCGAAAGUCAUGCUAAUUCUAUGAUAAAAUAUAAAAAGCAUAUUUAGGCUGAAUAUUUCAGUGGCACGUGCGUUGCUUUAGUGUGAUUUUUAAGUAAAAAAUAUGUGUUUAGUGGAGUGAGAGAUUUUGCUUGUUUUUUUUUUGCGAUUGUCGGCGCCAGAAUGUCUGAUGAGCUCGAGGCUCGGAUGUGGGACGACGGGAGCUCCCGGUACGAGUCCCGGAGCCGCGGACCCUACUUCGAGUCGGCCUUCGCCUCCUCAGAACACUUAGACAGAGCCCCUUUGUUGUCUGAGGAGACGUACACAGAUGUCCCGGUGUCGACGGAGUCUGAUGUGGAGCACUGCCACUGGAAGGCGCAGGCCGAGCCGCCCAGCGCUGUGCCACAACUCUUCACCGCGCUGGUGUUAUGCGGCAUAUUCAUGAUAUGCGAGUUGAUAGGCGGCUACCUGGCCGGCAGCCUCUCUGUGAUGAGCGACGCGGCGCACAUGCUGAGCGACUGCGGCGGGUUCGCGCUGGCGCUGCUCGCCUUCCACUGCGCCAAGAGGCGGCCUGAUGUCGCCAUGUCCUACGGGUAUAAGCGGGCUGAGGUGCUAGGCGCGAUGCUAUCAGUCCUCCUGAUCUGGAUCCUGACGGGCGUGUUCGUGUACGUGGCGGUGGUCCGGCUGCACACCGGCGAGUACAACAUCGAGCCCGACAUGAUGAUGAUCGUGUCCGGCUGCGGCGUCGGCUUCAACGUCAUCCUGGCGCUGGUGCUGCACGGCUGCGGGUCUGAUAUAGCCCACCACCACACGCACGGCGGCGCGGCAUGUGCGCACGCGCACGCCCCCAGCGGAGGCUCGCCCCGCGGCUGGCGCCUGUUCCGCCGCAACCGGGACCACAAGCAGGCCAACGGGGCGCUCGUCAACGGGGACUACACCAUGAAGGACUUGGCCGGGGUCGAGGCUAAUGUUGUAGGGUCCCAGCCGAGGAACAUUAAUCUCCGCGCUGCACUGAUCCACGUCAUCGGUGAUUUAAUACAGAGCUGUGGUGUUCUGCUCGCGUCCAUUUUAAUUAAAUUCUAUCCGGAAGCGAAGUUCGUGGACCCGAUCUGCACGUUCGUGUUCAGCUUCCUGGUGCUGCUGACGUCCGCGCGCGUCGUGCGGGACGCGCUCGCCAUGCUCAUGCAGGCCGUGCCCAAGCAGUUCCGUUACCGCGAGUGCGUGUCGUCCCUGUCGCAGCUGUCGGGAGUCCGCCACGUGCACUCGCUGCACGCGUGGGCGCUCUCCACGCAUCACAUCGUACUCACCGCGCACGUCGCUAUUGAUGAGCUAACGGACCCGGAGGUAGUUCUCCGCGCGUGCCAGCAGCUGGCCCGCGCGGAGUGGCGCGUGUCGUCCGCCACGUUCCAGAUCGAGCGCUACGCCGUGCGCAUGCGCAGCUGCCCCGACUGCGGCCUGCAGCCCGCACACACGCCCUGACACCUCACCACGCUGUCCUAGCUGCAGGAAGGGGCACAUUAAAAUGAAGACGAAAGCAACAAAAACUGAUUCGAUUGACGCGGAUUGUCUAUCCAAGGGGCCAGUGAAUGAACAGUGACCGAACGAUAUUAUAGUAAGUACAAUUGAAGCAGUGCCGCGAAAAGAACGAAUGAAGUUUUGUAUCAUGUUUUGAUGGACCAAGUGUAUGGCGAAUGUGAUUGAUAUUGUAUUAUUGUUGAAUUUGUAUUGUUCUAAACUUCAAUUAUGACGUAGCGUAUUUGAUCUCAAGAUUGUUUGCACUUUACGAUGUGACUACACGAGAAUUGUUGUAAUUUAAAAGCUUUUUUUUUGUGUUGAUUGAAUUUUGAUAUAAUCCUUGGUAACUAAAAUUUUACGUGUAGUCACCGUAAAGUGCUUUUGUAAAAUAACUUUUAUGUGUAUAAUGUUACGGUAGAUAAUUGAUUAGCCGACCGUUGUUACAUUAGACAGCUAGGUGACAUCUAGUACUUAGACACGUUUUGCCUUUGACGAAAUUCUUGAACUGGUCUUAAUACACAGGAAAUAAAAUAUAAAUAAGAAAUGGGCUACGAUAAUAUACAAUAUUACAAAAUUACGAACGGAUUUUGCGAUUGAAUGACGCGCAAGGCUGAAUAUUGAAAUGCCUAAGUCGAUACAGCUGGAACUGUAACGACUGUUCGGCCAAAAUUGAAAAACCUUAGGCUUUUUUAUGGAAAGAGGCCCAAACCACUGCUGGGUUUUGUGGGCUUGGGACAACCCGAUAGUGGGAUGUGGGUCUCCUAUUCCCAUGUAUAAAGGACUCGCUGCAGGUUGGCGAUUCCCGAC